AUGGGAAGAAAUAUAACGAAGAAGAUGAUGGUUCUGGUCCUCUUGCUUCAUCUCUUGAUGAUCUCUUCUUCUUCUGGUUUAGAUGUUAAAACACCAAAUGCAAACGGAGAAGGUGAAAGAUUUUCGCCAUACGAAUCACAAGGAAAGACUCCUAAAUCUGCAGAUUCUGAUUCUAAGGUCUUCCAUGGAAAGACUUGUUACUCUGCCGUUAAAGGUUACAUGGGUUUGUUUGACCUUUUGGAAUGCUUAAUCUGUGACCUAAAUGUUGAGAUUCAGUCAGGACACAGAGUCUUUGAUACUUACUUAAGCAGUAAUCAGGUGGUCUUAUUAUCUGCUGAUGCUAGUUGUGAUCCUGAGGUUGGCGAGAGCUGUGACAAUGGACUUAAAUAG